AUGGAGGCUAGCGUGCUGCGAGGCAAUAACUUCGCCGAUGACAUUGCAUUUGUAGCGUGUCGCGUGUAUAUCACCGUUUACAUGCAAUAUUGGAAAUCGAAGGCGACUGGCGUGGAGAUGAACGGGACAGAUGCUCGGGGGGAGGAGGCCGCGGUGGCGCUGGCGCUGAGCGUUGCUAUCACUGUGAUAUCUGCCAUCGGACUUCUGCUGAAUGCCUAUAUACUCUUCAUUAUCGUCAUCACUAAACAGCCAGCAUCUGCCUCGUCAGUGCUACUAGUCCACCUGGGCGCGGUGGGGGCGCUAGCGAGCGGCGCGGCGCUGUGUGGCGGAGGAGGCGCGUGCGCAUGCGGGGCGCUACUGCACGCACUGCAUCCGCUGCAGCUGUGGACUGUGUGUGGGCUGCACGCUGACCGCGCCGCCGCCAUCGCCGCGCCGCUGCACUAUGCUGCCAUCGUGUCCGCAAGGAAGGUGAUGAUCUGCGUCGCAAGCGGCUGGGUGGCCAUGGCAGCAUUACUGGCGCCCCUUGCGGCCGCGCAGCCCCCGCUUGCAUACAGCAUCGGACUCGGAGGCUGCGCCCCCGACUGCGGCGCCGGCCCCUACGGCCUCGCCUUCUGCCUACUCUAUGCAAUACUGACGCUGGUCCUCCCCGCAGCCCUAGUUCUCCUCUGCAGUCUCAAGAUCCUCCGCAUCGCUCGCUACCAUCGGCACAGAAUCGCUGCAGCGAUCUACGAAGUCACUCUCUCCGCGCAAGUCACCGUGACGCACCAACGUAAUCCCUUCUCGCCACCCCCGCCUCCCCGUCGUAGAGCGUUAUCCGCUGUACUUCAGCCCUUGGGAUCCUUAGCAACUCUCUAUUUCCCGUACUAUUGUAUUCUGAUAUGGCCCGCUGUCGCCGUACCUCCGCAGCCACUAGCGGCCCUAUCUGCUGCUCUGCUUGCGGCUGCUCCACCGGUCAACGGCCUAUUGUACGGAAUUCGAAGUCGUAUCUUACGGGACUCGCUGAGAAACUAUAGACGGAAACGACUGACGAAAAGUGAGGUGACGCAGGAGAUUCAGGCUCGCACGCCGAGCGCGUGCGGGUCGCGACGGCCAUCCCUGUCGGCGGGGUCGGGCUGCAUCCGGCCGCCGACGACGCGCCGCCUUUCGGACGCGGCGGCGAUGGGUCUGCGCGGGGCGGAGCGGCCCGCGCCGCGUGCUGCCUCCUGCAACAUGUUGCAGGACUCGCAAGACGAGGAACCGCCGCGAACCAGAACCUCAGCCAUUCCAUUGAUUCGGGCGCCACCACACGUGGUGCUGGGGCGGGCGCUCGGGCUAGAGGAGAACGACCGCAGAGACCGGCGCCGGCGGCAGUCGCCGCGCAUCACGGUGACGCGCGCCAUGUCGGACGAGAGCGAGUCCCCGACGCGGCGGCCGCUGUGCCGGCAGCAGUCGCGGUCUAGCGGUGCGCUGGUGGGCGCGCUGGCGUGCUCGUCCGCACUGUCGGAGCACGAGCCCCCGCCCGAUGAGCAGCUGCUGCUCUCCUGGCCGCAGUACCACGCCCACACACGACACGACGCUUUAUAAAACGGGU